AAGUCUUCCUCUGCCAACCUCCUCGUCUGCCUCGCUGCUCCCAAGUAACUCCUUCGCUAAGGUUACUUAAGGACCCUCGUUCGAUCGGUGCUAUCCCACAGAACCCCCUCGUUCACAAGACAGAAACCUCACUCGCUCUCCUCCCAACGCUCAAGAUGAAGUUCUCCCUCGCCGUCUUGGCCCUGGCUGGUGUUGUCGCCGCCGGCGACUAUCCCGCUCCUGACCCCCCGGUCUAUGAGCCUCCCAAGGACCACUAUCCUGCUCCUUCUGCCCCUCCCGUCUACGAGCCUCCUGCCGAGUCUCACUCCGUCUACGAGCCUCCCAAGGAGUCGUACCCUCCCGUCGAGCCUCCUAAGGAGUCGUACCCUCCCGUCGAGCCUCCCAAGGAGUCCCACCCCGUCUAUGAGCCUCCCAAGGAGUCCCACCCCGUCUAUGAGCCUCCCAAGGAGAUCCCACCCUGUCUAUGAGCCUCCCAAGGAGUCCCACCCCGUCUACGAGCCUCCCAAGGAGUCCCACCCCCCUCCUCCCCCUCACGAGUACCCUCCCCCCGAGCAUGUCACGGUCACUACCGAAUACGAGAUCACUAUCACCUCGCUCUGCACCACGACCGAGACCAUCACCGAGCACGGCACAACCUACUACAACACGUACACGACUACUGACACGGUCGUGACCAAGGUCUACACGACCCUGUAUGAGACCGUCAAGAAGCCUGAUGUGACCCAUGUUGAGAAGGCCACCGACUACAUCACCAAGACCAUUGAGAAGCCUGUCACCGAGACCAAGUACAUUGACGGGCACACCACUGUCAUCACCCACAUCGAGACUCAGGUCGUCACCGAGCACGUGCCUGUCACCAAGGUCCACGAAGUUCCCGGCCCUGAUGUCACCUCCAUCGACAAAGAGGUCGAGUACCAGACCAAGACGAUUGAGGUCCCCGUCUACCAGACCUCUGUCAUUGACGGCCAGACAGUUGUCCAGACUCACUACAAGACGGAAGUCAUCACGACGCACGUCCCCGUCACACACAUCAAGACGGUCCAGAAGCCUGAUGUCACCAAGACUGCCGAGGCGGUCAUCUACACAACUAUCCAGGGCGAGCAGGCCGUGACCGUCACUCACUACGAGGAGGGUGAGACGAUUCACAUUCAGCCCACCGAGGUUGUCUACCCUGAGCCCAGCACCUUCACCGAGAUCGUCGUCCCUCCCCCUGAGACCGUUUCUGAGCCCGCCGUCACCGUCCCCGCCACUACGGCGCCCGAGACCGUCCCCACGGCCGCUGCUCAAGCCAACCAGGCUCCCGUCGUUGCCAUGGUGGCCGGUAUCGCCGGUGCCAUUGCUCUCCUUUAGAGCUCUCUCCCUUUUCGUUUUCUUCUUCAAUGUCCUUAUUUUCACUUCUCUAUCCACUCGUGGAUUUCGUCCCUUCAUAGACGAUAAUUGUAAUUCUGGUGUUGGGGAAGCAAGUCCUUGUCACGAUACGUCGGACCUCUUUUGUUUUUACGACCAA